AUGCCUGGCGACGAAACACUGCAGCAAAAUCACGAAGAUUCGGGCUCAGAGUCCGAAGGUGAAGAGGAUGUCCUUCCUCAAGUUGAGGUGGAUCCCUCGACGCUUACACCUCUUUCGCCCGAGGUCAUAUCAAAACAGGCUACUAUCAAUUUAGGUACUAUCGGACAUGUCGCACACGGAAAGUCUACAGUGGUGAAGGCGUUAUCAGGAGUCAUGACAGUCAGAUUCAAGAAUGAGCUAGUAAGGAAUAUUACUAUCAAGCUGGGCUAUGCAAAUGCAAAAAUCUACAAAUGCUCGAACGAAGCAUGUCCUCGACCAGGAUGCUACAGAUCAUACCGUUCAGAUAAAGAAGACAAUCCUCCUUGUGAACGUCCUGGAUGUGGUCACCGAAUGAAGUUGCUCAGACACAUCUCCUUCGUCGAUUGUCCCGGACACGACAUUCUCAUGGCCACUAUGUUGAACGGCGCCGCAGUCAUGGAUGCUGCACUACUUCUUGUCGCUGCGAAUGAAACUUGCCCCCAGCCUCAGACUUCGGAACAUCUGGCUGCCGUAGAAAUUAUGAGGCUCGAAAAUAUCAUCAUACUGCAGAACAAGGUCGAUUUGAUCAAGGAGGCCCAGGCUUUGGAACAUCAAAAGAGUAUAGCAGGUUUUGUUAAGGGCACCGUCGCUGAAAACUCGCCCAUCGUCCCCAUAUCUGCCCAGUUAAAAUACAAUAUCGAUGCCGUCAACGAAUACAUCGUCAAAAAUAUUCCUAUUCCCGUUCGCGACUUCUUGUCCCAACCUAAACUCAUCGUCAUUCGAUCAUUUGACGUAAACAAGCCAGGUGCAGAGGUUGACGAACUCAAGGGUGGCGUAGCUGGAGGAUCUAUACUUACAGGUGUCUUGCGACUGGGCCAGGAAAUUGAAAUAAGGCCUGGUAUCGUCACAAAAGACGCUCAAGGACGCGCCCGUUGUCAACCGAUAUUCAGCCGAAUCAUAUCUCUCCUUGCGGAGAACAAUUCUCUGCAAUUUGCUGUUCCAGGGGGAUUGAUUGGUGUUGGGACUAGGAUUGACCCUACGUUGUGUAGAGCGGAUAGGUUGGUGGGACAAGUAUUGGGUGCCGUUGGCACCUUGCCUCAGGUAUAUUCGGAACUUGAAAUCAGUCUUUUCCUCCUUCGACGUCUGCUAGGUGUCAAGAGUGAGGAUAAGAAGCAAACGAAAGUUUCAAAGCUAACCAAAAAUGAAAUUUUACUCGUCAACAUUGGCUCUACAUCGACGGGUGGUCGUGUCGUCAGCGUCAAGGCUGAUUUAGCCAAAAUCCAGUUAACAUCACCUGCAUGUACUGAGAUCGGUGAAAAGGUUGCGUUGUCUCGGAGAAUCGAGAAGCAUUGGCGUCUAGUCGGAUGGGGCAGCGUGCAACGUGGUACCGUAUUGGAGGUAGAUUAA